GCCGUACUUGUUGUGUCUGGUCUGAACCAUAGACAGUAAAACAGGGAAACUGUAGUCUACUAACGUUAGCCGUGCUAACUACUUUACAAGCUAACUAAAGAGAUGGCUGAAUAUUCUCACGUAAAGUCAACCAAACUCGUUUUGAAAGGUUUUAACAAAGGGAAAAAGAGAAAGCAUAAAGAUAAGAAGAGAAAAGCAGGAGAUGAAGAACAAAAAGCUGAUAUAAUUGCUGGUUGGUGGUCUGUCAGCUGCUUUGGGGAAAUCACUGGAACGGUUGCCAUAGAGAUGCAGAACAACGCUUACAUCCAUGCCCUGGAUAGCGGCCUCUUCACACUCGGUGCACCACACAAAGAUGAUGAAGGACCUGACCCUCCAGAACAGUUUACUGCCAUCAAGGUCUCAGACACAAGUACUGCCUCCUCCACUGUUUUUCUUUCUGUUCUGCCUCAGGGCAAAAUGGCUCUCCUGGCAGCAAAUAGCUGUUUCAUCUCCUACAGUGACAGUGGGGACAUCGUGGCCAAGAGCAAGACGGCAGGGGAUGGUGAGAUAGUGAAGAUCAGAUCCUGUGUGGAACGAGAGGUCAAGCGUAAAGAUGACAUUGCAGAAGAGGACCGGGGCAACGUGAAGUCUUGUGAGGUCAAUUAUGUGAAGAAGUUUCAGAGUUUUCAAGAUCGUCGGCUCAGGGUUAACGAGGAAGACUCGUCCACGCUGAAGAGAGCCAGAACUGAUGGGAAGUUUCACGAGGCUUUGCUUGACAGGAGAAGCAAAAUGAAAGCAGACCGGUAUUGCAAGUGAAGACUCAACUUUGUACAUUACUGCCAUGUCUUUGUAAAUGUCUUGAUUUUAUAGAUAGCCAUUUGAUCUGACAUUUAAUGUAGUUUUUUUUUUUUUAAAUAUAUAUUUUGAAUAAAAUGACAUGGUCAAGUCA